AUGACUCUCGUCCGAGAAUCUGGCUUUUUCCAGGGCCCUUGUCCAGCUGGCUGGGUCAGUUUCGAAAACCACUGUUUCCAUUACAUUGCCGUCAGGAAGAUUUGGAUUGACUCUGAGUUACACUGCGAGUCCCUUAGGGGAAACCUGGCCUCUACACACAGAGAAGAGGAAUUCCAGUUUAUCAAGGCCCUGAUCAAAAGCAAAGAUUCUGCAGAAAAUCCCACCUGAAUCGGCCUGACGGACUGUAGCCAGGAAGGUGCCUGGUUGUGGACAGAUGGUUCCAAAAUUGAUUUCAUCAAGUGGAACAGGAGUGAACCAAAUGAAUCAAGUGGAGGAGAAGACUGUGUUCAGACAAACUGGGACGGAAAGGGUGGCUUCCUUAGCCGCCUUUCCAAUGGCCGGGGUCCUCCUGGUUCUUCCACAGUUGUGCUGAUUAAAUAGGCUACAGUUCUUGCUAAUUAUUUUUAUCACUAUGACCUGUCACUGUUGGGGUUACGGGUUUGACUCCUGGCCUGGCUUAGAGUGUGGAGUUGCAUAAUCUCCCUGUGUUUGCAUGAGUUUCCCCUAAGGAAUCCAGUGUCUUCUCAUAGUGCAGAAACACAUGGUUCUCAUGAUUUAUAAGUAGUGGGCUCUAUGCAUCUGUGCCUUGAAAUGGACCAGCACACCGUCUGUGUCAUGUAACCUGUACAUCCUGACAUCAGCUCCCAUACAGCCUGUAAUUUGUCAUAGCAAAUAAAACACAAAUAAAUCUGGUUGUCAGUGUUCACAAAAAAAAUCAUGUUGUUAGCAUGCACGUUCCGGUAACACUUCUAGAUAAAAUAAAUAUUCUGUUACAGAUAAAUUGGCAGAAUUCUUAUGUUAGCUCUUUAAACAUAGUGCUGCCUCCCCUUAGUAACACAGGAAGCACUCGGUACAAUUCAGAACCCCAGAUGUGACUCUCUUGGUUUUGUUAUACCUAUAGGGGAACAAGGAUGGAAUGACAUGCCCUGUAACUUCUCCUAUGCCUUUGUAUGCGCUCAGCGCUCUGGCUUGUGAUACAUGGCAUGAAGCCGUGGUCUAAAUAAGCAGCAUUUCAAUGUGACUGCCUUUCCUUGUCUAUGUUCAAGGCGAUUUAGAACUGCUUCUAUCAACUUGCAGUAUC